GCGUCCACUGGCUGCCGAGCGGCCGCAGUCUCAGCUCUGGGCAUCUGGGGAGCCCGAGCGGCUUCGCCCAGGGAUCCGCGCGGGCGUCUGCGGUCUGGGUUCCGUCUCCGGUGUGAUAUCGCACCCUUGAAGUUUUGCAGCACCAGGAAAAGAGGACAAGGAAGAAGGAGAGGGGAAGCGAAAGCAUAACCUAAAACAUUUAUUUAAAGGAGAAAAGAAGGGGGGGGGCGCAAAAAUGGCUGGGGCAAUUAUAGAAAACAUGAGCACCAAGAAGCUCUGCAUUGUUGGAGGGAUUCUGCUGGUUUUUCAAAUCGUUGCCUUUCUGGUGGGAGGCUUGAUCGCUCCAGCACCGACAACAGCAGUGCCCUACAUGUCAAUAAAAUGUGUGGAUGUCCGUAAGAAUCACCAUAAGACAAGAUGGCUAGUGCCUUGGGGACCCAACAAGUGUGAAAAGAUCCGCGACAUUGAGGAAGCAAUUCCAAGGGAAAUUGAAGCCAAUGACAUUGUGUUUUCUGUACACAUUCCCCUCCCUUCUAUGGAGAUGAGCCCAUGGUUCCAGUUUAUGCUGUUUAUCAUGCAGCUAGACAUUGCUUUCAAGUUGAACAACCAAAUCAGAGAAAAUGCAGAAGUUUCCAUGGAUGUUUCCCUGGGUUACCGUGAUGAUAUGUUUUCUGAAUGGACUGAAAUGGCCCAUGAAAGAGUACCACGCAAACUAAAAUGUACUUUUACAUCCCCCAAGACUUUAGAGCAUGAAGGUCGUUAUUAUGAAUGUGAUGUCCUUCCUUUCAUGGAAAUUGGGUCAGUGGCUCAUAAAUAUUACCUUCUAAAUAUCCGACUACCAGUGAAUGAAAAGAAGAAAAUCAAUGUCGGGAUUGGGGAAAUAAAGGAUAUUCGGUUGGUGGGAAUCCACCAAAAUGGAGGCUUCACUAAGGUCUGGUUUGCUAUGAAGACCUUCCUCACACCCAGCAUCUUCAUCAUUAUGGUGUGGUAUUGGAGGAGGAUCACCAUGAUGUCCCGACCCCCGGUACUUCUGGAAAAAGUCAUCUUUGCUCUUGGGAUUUCCAUGACAUUCAUCAAUAUCCCUGUGGAAUGGUUUUCCAUUGGGUUUGACUGGACCUGGAUGCUGUUAUUUGGUGACAUCCGGCAGGGCAUCUUCUAUGCAAUGCUUCUUUCCUUCUGGAUUAUCUUCUGUGGUGAACACAUGAUGGAUCAACAUGAGCGGAAUCACAUUGCAGGGUAUUGGAAGCAAGUUGGACCAAUUGCUGUUGGCUCUUUCUGCCUCUUCAUAUUUGACAUGUGUGAGAGAGGAGUGCAACUCACAAAUCCUUUCUACAGUAUCUGGACUACAGAUGUUGGGACAGAACUGGCUAUGGCUUUCAUCAUUGUGGCAGGGAUCUGCCUCUGCCUCUAUUUUCUGUUUCUGUGUUUCAUGGUAUUUCAGGUAUUUCGAAACAUCAGUGGGAAGCAGUCUAGUCUCCCAGCCAUGAGCAAAGUCCGACGGCUCCACUAUGAGGGUCUGAUUUUCAGGUUCAAGUUCCUCAUGCUUAUCACCUUAGCCUGUGCUGCCAUGACUGUUAUCUUCUUCAUUGUUAGUCAGGUGACAGAAGGACAUUGGAAAUGGGGUGGUGUCACAGUUCAAGUGAACAGUGCUUUCUUCACUGGUAUCUAUGGAAUGUGGAACCUGUAUGUCUUUGCUUUGAUGUUCUUGUAUGCGCCAUCCCAUAAAAACUAUGGGGAAGACCAGUCUAAUGGUGACCUGGGUAUCCACAGUGGAGAAGAACUGCAGCUCACCACCACAAUCACCCAUGUGGAUGGACCAACUGAGAUCUACAAGUUGACCCGUAAAGAAGCACAGGAAUAGGAUGCUAUGGUGCUGCACUGGGCUGGAAUUGUUUCUCUAUCCGGCCUCUUCUCUAGAGUGGAGAGCCUACUAUAUAUGCAGAGUUUAGUGAAAAGUGGAUGCCUAGUGCUUCUUAGGUAUGGUUUCUUAGACCAGUGAGUGGACAUUUGUCUGAUAACUUCGGACAGUGACUUUUGCAAAAUUUCUGCUACGAAUAUAUCAUGUGUGAUAACAAAAACUGGUAUGACCCAUUGUUUGUGGUCAUUGUUAAAUUAGUGACAUAACAACAUAUGUAGCAGGUGGGUUAGUAACACUCAUAUGGAAGGGUAUAUUCUUUGGGAUGGUUUGGGCCAAUAGGAUCUAUAUUGGGUAGUUUACGACUUUUUAUUUCCUGUUUUUGAUUCUGGGAUGUGUUUAAACAUUGUUUGUAGUCCAACAUUUGCUCAUGUGUUAGCCUUUUCACCCUCCUCCAUGGAUACUUCUUUUUAUCUUAUUUAUAUCACCAAGUAUCCAACUGAGUUAUUAUUUAAGUUGCGGUACAAAUAUUCCAAUUUUUUUGUUUUGUUUUUUGUGUCUUACUACAAAAUAAUCAAAUUUCAUGAGAAGUUCUAUUAUUCUGGAGGGAUUUCAGCUUUGAAACCAAAUCUGUGUACCUGGUACUAAUAUGUCUGUUUGUUAGAUGUGGAUUUUGAGAAAUAUUUGCUAAACUACCGAAGUAGGAUUUCUGUUAUUAAACAACUUUUGGGUCAUAAAAGCCUUUUUAACUACUUGCUUAAAAUGUGUUUUCUUUUGAUAAAAUAUUUCAAACAAUCUCCAAAACUGUAAAUCCAAUCAUUUGAAUAAAACGAAUGUAAAUAUGCUCUCCUUGCUGCCGCAGCAAUGUUCAGGCAUGCAGAUUUAAGUUUGCCUGGAUCAUAGAGUAGCUUGCUGCUGGCAGAAAUAUUGACUAUCUGUUCCUGGAGAUUUCUGUAGCAGGUAUUAAGACUUUCUAGGCUAGCAAAGAAUAGGUGAAGUAUCAGAUGGUUUAGACCCUCAUGCACACUGAUCUUAUUCCUGCAUCCACUAAAACCUGAUAUUGGUUUUGUUUGUUUGUUUGUGCUUUUUUAAUGAUAAAGAAGCUACAUGGCAGAUAGAACACUAGAUCCUGAAUUUAGAAGAUGGUUUCCUAUCAAAGGUCUCUCACGUACUAGUCAUGUGACCUUGUUCAAGAUAUCUGACAUGGCUAUUUUCUCACUUAGCAUUCAUAAAGUGUCAUUGUGUGGCAAGUCACAGUGAAAAAUAAUGUAUGUGGAAAUGCUUCAUCAGUUAUACAUUCACAUAAAUAGAUUCCCUUUGCAAUGUAACAAUAAUUCCAUGAGUGUCAUUUUUAGAUAAUGCUGACUGAAUUGAAGUUGGUGAUAUAUUCUUUUAAAUUCACAUACCUGGCAAAUCCCACCCUAGGAUUUUUCUAACUUUGGCUAGAACAAUGAUAAACAGUGACAGAAAAAAAAACCACUUAGGUUUUGGGUUUUGACUAUUGUUUUUAUGCUAACCUGGUAAAUGUUGAAUAAGUUUGUGGUCUAUUGUAUACAGCAUUUACAUACUAAUCUGACACCCAAGUGUAAAGUAUCAAGUAUACCUUGUUCUAUGUUUAUAGUAUGGAAGAUAAGCUUCAAGCACUAUAGUGACUUCCCCUUCUUGAAGAUGGAAUGAGGUGUCUCUAUUUUUUUUUUUUGAGACAGGGUUUCUCUGUGGCUUUGGAGCCUGUCCUGGAACUAGCUCUGUGGACCAGGCUGGUCUCAAACUCACAGAGAUCUGCCUGCCUCUGCCUCCCGAGUGCUGGGAUUAAAGGCAUGCGCCACCAUCGCCCGGUGAGGUGUCUCUAUUCUUUGGGAUGGGUUAAGAGCCUGAGAAAGCAUCAAAGAAGUAUUACUUUACCCAGGGCCAAGUGAUAGAGGGUAUAACAUUAGUAAAGUCAUAGAAGCAAUGAAAUAUCGAGAAGAUCUGAGUAAGUUUGAGUGUCAAGCCUAGAUAGUAUUUAGAAAGACAAAAGAUGAGUCCUGUGCCCUUGAAGUCAGAAUACAAAUGAUUUUCAAUGCAAGUUUUAUGCAGAGAAAUAGUAUGGUUAGAAUCACCUCUGAAACCUCUUGAUGGACCCAUAAAUUAGAUCACAGGCUAGUCAGGCAGCAUUAGAGAAUGUGGAGAAGUGAGGAUUACUUUGGAGAAACAAAGCAGACAUAGUUUGAGUGUUCUGAAUGUGAACUUCUUCAAGAAGCAUAGAGCAGAGUCAAAUUUCAGGUCCUUGUUAAACAUGGGACUAGCAGUUCCUCUAUCACAAAUAGAGAUUCCUUAUAGAUAUAUCAGUAUGUCUAUGAAUAGUAGAAGCCAAGUUUACCUUGAAUAGGACAUUCCUAGCAUAGUUAAUGGUUCCCAGGAAAAGUUGUAUCCACCCCAAAAAGAAUUGACUUGUGGAGAGCUCUAAUGAAACUCUGCUUUAGGGACUUAUGUUUUGCCCUAAAGUAGUUUCAUUUACAAGUCCUGGAACUUAGUCUCUCUCAUUAAAACCAUAGGCAGUAUAUCCUAGUACCAUUCGAAUUAUUCAGGGAGUCAGAUCAAAGAGCAUGACCUUGUGAUUAGGUCCAUAAAGGAAGGACAACAUUUUUGGCUGGGCAAACCAGCAGAAAAGGUCGAGCACAAUAGGAAUGAGGAAGAUUUCAUGUUUGUCUAGAUGGAGUUUUAACUAUCACUUCACAGAGGAAACAAUGAACAGAGUGUCCAUGGCAGACUUAGCCACCACUGUCAUCAAGAAUGAGAAGUCUGCCUGGGCAGAGCAUCAAAGCAUCACAUAAGGCUAUCAGUGGUGUGCACACAAGCACAUUCAAUGGGGGCGAAAAUGAGAUAGGUUAAAAGUGUAAACGCUGAGCAGAGAAGCAGAGCAGAGUCAAUUGAUGGACAUUCUGAGCAGUAAGAAGGAAGAUGAUUCCUCUGAUUGGAGUCAUAAAUAAGGCACUAAUUUUGAAAUCUGAGGCCAUUCGUUAAGGAAAGAUGAAACAAAACCCAGAGAAUAUCAGUGAUUAGGAGGAACUUUAAAUAAGUUGAUGAGUUAUGUCUGAAAUAUUGAAAAGAUACUCUCAGUGUAUACAGUAGAGAAAUACUAGGUGGACAGUGAAGGAGAAAAUUGAGGUCAAAAGGAGAUAGAUUGUUUGCAGUUCUUCCUGGGUGGGCCACCAAGAAAACCUCAGUUUUAAGGAGGCAGAUAAAACCUAGCCAGCUCCUGUCAGUAGAAAGUGUCUUCGAAACUCCUCAGGAAGUGAGAAAAGACUAUAAGAGACAAUCAGAUCAGGAGACCAGAAAAAAAAUACCCAUGGGUACCAGUUUACAUACACAUCACUGUAAAAAUAAUUCUUACGUUACCUUAAAGGAUAUUGCACAAAAGUAUAAAAGAUUAAUGUUAUCUGCCUAUAAAAUUAAAGAACACCAAUGUAUUCAAAGUAGAAAAUAAAAUCACUUCCAUUUGUC